AUGGAUCAAAUAAAAAAUGUUGAAUCUUACUUGGAUAAUUUACUUGGAGAUUUUUAAGCUACUAAAUGCACUAAAUUUGCUCAAUAGUUAGUUUCAAACAAAUCAUAGAAAAUAUUUCAAGAAUUAGAUUCUCGUUAGUUAUUUAUCAAUCAAAACCAAUAACAUUUAGAUAUGUCGUUUCGGUCCUAAACUGCCUAAAUCUCCAUUCCAUCUAGAAAGAUUGAUUGCUUUGGCCAAAUUGAAGUGAAAACAUUUACAAAGGAAGAAAUAGAUUCGUUGAGAAAGGAACGAGGACAGAGAGCAUAGAUAAAAGUAAAGCAAAUUUAGGAGGCUUAAGAAAAGAGAAAGCAAGAUUAUUUGGAAUCUUGGAAAAAAACCUAGUAAAUUUAACACUAGAAACCAUUAUUCUAAUUAUUACAAGAAUAAGAAACUGCCCAGAUUAAGCUGUAAUAGGAAAUAAUACAAAAAAGGUUAGAGUAAAUCAAAUAAGAGAGGAGACCUUUAAAUAAAAUAGAUUUCGAAGAGCACAGAAAAAAGUUUUGCGAUUUAAUUAUACAACCAAGAAAUAAAUCUAUUGAAUCAUAACUAUAUAACUAAACAAAAUCCAUAAGUCCUGAGAAAUCUGUUUAUUAUAUAAAAGUAGAACAAGAAAAAAAUAAGCAAAAAUUAUUGGAAUAAGAAAGAAAAAAUCAUUUGUUGGAAUUAUAAGAGAAGAAAAAGAAUUUUUCUGAAGAAACUAAAAAUAGAUUUAAACCCAAGUUGAGUUUAGAUAAGUAAAAUGAACUAUUAGAAAUAUAAAGUAAAUUGCACCAUAGAUCUGAUUUCUAAAAAUAUUAAGUUUUAGCUAAUAAAGUUAGACAAAAAAAGAUUUCAUAUUAAAUUUAAGACACGGAUGAAGAUUCUAAAUCACUAAAUACUUUUACAAAAAAUAAAGACUAGAAUACCUCUUAUGAUAUCGCCAGUUAGGAUACUCAAUUACCUAAGUUUAAACAUAAGAGUUUUGUUAUUGAUACUAACACUCAACAAUAAAAUUAGAAUUAUUGGUAAAGAGUAGCUUUAAAUACUAAUAUAUCAGUAAAAGAUAAGAACUUACUAAUCAUAGAAGAAGCAAAAAAGUUAGAAGAGUUGGCAAAAAAGUAAGAAUAAUUAGCACGUGUCACUGGUUAUGAUAGCUUAUAAGCGGAUAAUCUCUUGAUUAGUUCCAUUAAAGCAAAGUUGACAGUUUUACAAAAUUGA